CAGAUGCGCUCUGACUUUCAUUCACUCCAGAGUCCUACACAGUCAAGGACCUGUGCAGACGGCUGCAAUACAUGCUCUGAAUAGCACAACACGGACAACUUUCUCUCUUUUGGUUUUCCAGGAUCUGCUCGUUGGGAUUAUAUUCUUCUAGGACUAUUAAAUAAUAUUAUAGAAUAAGUAGUGCGUCUUAAUUCCGUUCAAUUAAAACACCUACGCUUCUUGUUUGAUAUGUUAGUGAGCUGGGCUGAAGUUUGAAGCCUGUUUUUUAGAGGGUGAAGGACAAGUGCAAUGUGCUUCAGACGUGUCUCUUGGGAUUGUCCCACUCGCGCCUGAGGAGCUACAGUAUAUGACGCACAGAUUUUGUUCAAGAGGACGCAGUCCAAUGUGAAUAACAAGAAUCAACUUCCAGCCUCUUCAGAUUUUUCACAGUUACAAGCAAGUGCAGCACGGAAUCUGACUGAGUCUGGUGAGCAGCUCAGAGACCCCGGUUUCUCUCCCCGAGGGGAUGGUUGUGGAUCGUGUGGGGCCAGGAGCGAUUCUGCGGCUCCUACAGCAUAGCACCUUUUUCUUGUUCGGGGUUAAAUCGAAAUUAAAGGGAGAUGAGAGCCGCACUUUGUUACUUCCUGCUGUGGACGACGUACCUGCUGCUGGCCACCUCUGAGGAAGUGGAGUUUCCCCAGGAGCUGAUAGACAGACUGUCCCACAGUGAAAUCCACAGCAUCAGCGACCUCCAGCGGCUACUAGACAUUGACUCCGUAGGUACGGGAAACAAUGUUAUUGAGGAGCCCAAACACCACAAGCACCACAACCACCAUAAGAACUACUCCCGCCAGCAUGGUUACUACAAUGACCUGAAGAGUUCCCAGCUCCACAGCCGACGCAAGAGGAGCAUUGUAGAGGAGGCGGUCCCAGCGGUGUGUAAGACGCGGACGGUGAUCUACGAGAUUCCCAGGAGCCAGGUGGAUCCCACGUCUGCCAACUUCUUGAUAUGGCCGCCAUGUGUCGAGGUGAUGCGCUGCACAGGCUGCUGCAACACAAGCAACAUGCGCUGUCACCCUUCCCGCAAGCACCACCGCACCGUUAAGGUAGCAAAGGUGGAGUACGUAAGGAGGAGACCCAAGCUGAAGGAGGUCUUUGUGCGAUUAGAAGACCACCUGGAGUGUGUGUGCACAUCACAGCAUCACGUGGUGGAGCACUCAGAUGCAGAAACAGGCCACCAUAGGGCUAAAGGUAAAAAAAGGAAACCUAAAAAGCUAAGGCCCAGCAAGGAUUUAUUGGCGACAUAAAAAAGUUGCACUCAUUACCCAAAGUCCACUGGAGAGCUGUGAAGGGAACAGUGGACGUGAGGUGAGACCAAUCAGAACAAGGGACUUCAGCGUGGGAGGGACCUAAAUAGAGGAUGCCACCAACAGGAGACCAGCUCUGUCCUUUUUCCCACUGCCAUGCAACCUUCGUUUUAAAAAGACAAACUUUUCUGUUAAGACGAGAGACUGAAAAUAGCCAACAGACAAAAAUAAAUAAGAUGCCAAAGGUGCUUUUUAAAAAACAGUGACCAGGGAUGACGACUUUCUCUGUGGUACACCACCUACCCAGAUAACUCAACCAUGCCGCUGAAUAAGAAGAAAAGAAAAAGAUGCUGUACUUCGGGCAGGGCAGAAAGAGGCCAAAGGGAGAUGAUGAAAGCGAUUUGUGUUGAACAUUUUGAGACUUUGUUCAAACAAGACACACAAAAAGAAAAGUCUAUGACAGUUGAAUCAAGCUUUCGUGGAAAUCUGGUGCUCAGACUCCAAAAACGGCGGGGGAUGACCUCCAGCUGGGCAACAUAAAAGUGUCCUGCCCUGUUUAAAGGACUCUUGCAUACACAGGAGAAAAGAAAGAGAUAUAGGAAAAACAAUGGAUAGAGAGAAAGAGAAAGACAAAUGGAGAUGUUUUCUCUUCCAAAAGACUCUAUGGAGUAUUAAACAUGUAUAGUUUUUGGAUGAUUGCUCUGAGUAAAGAGGACAUCUUCUCUGGACCCCUGGUGGUCUGUGACUUUGCCCACUUGCUAUGUACAGUUGAAGUUGAAAAGGAAGAUGCACCGCUACUUACAAACUAUUUAUAUGUGUGGACGUUUGCUUUCUGUUCCAGUACAAAAGAAAGAACAAAAAUAUGUUUUAAUGAUUUUGGAGACAUGCAAAAACUUUGUGUGGUCCGGUUCUUUGGAACCAUCAGUAUCACAAUCUCAACGUCCUUUUUUUUUAGUCAAUGUUAUUGUUGUCAUCCAUGUUUCUUAUUAUAGUACAGUAUAUCUGAAUGAUGUCAAGUCUUGUAUAUGGUUUGGAUAUAUGUGUGCAAGGAGGAGAUGUGAGAGUCAGUACAGGAAGAUGCUUUAUUUUUGUUAUGAAAUAUAUUAAGCUUACUUAUAUCUGAGCAAGAAUUAUGUUUAUUUCUUUUGAUGUGGUUGAAUGCCUGUAUUUAAUCCAGUGGAAAAGAUUCAGAAAUGUGGGCAGGGGGUGGAAUAGACGAGGGAGAAAAGUCCGCUCGUGCUGUGAACAUGGAGGGGGGGGUAGAGUGGCUCAAACAUGGCAACUUCAUAGUGAGUGGCUGUACCUUAGCUUAUUCUAAUGUACAGCCAUGAUAAGGACUGCCUUAUCUUUUAUGUAACAAGUGGCAUUUAACAAAAACAUGCAUAAAGAACAUGAAAGUGUGUUCAUGCCAAUCACACAAAACAUGUAGGAGCAACUCUAGUGUGCAUGUGUACCUGAAUGAGGCGGAAUAUACAGGUAGUGUGCUCUCAAUCACACAAUUUCUCUCUUACAUGAGGCUGUUUUUCACCCAUAUCACUCUUAAUCUUGAUAAGGAAGAUGCCCGCCCGUUAUGCUUCACAAGCACACAUGUUGUGCCUGCAAUGAGCAAAGUCCACCUUAAAUAAUGAAUGAGCGAGCAAAGCAAAUCGAAAAGCGCAUGAAUGGGCUCCUUGUUUGCCAGGUUUUACUCCUCUGUUGACAGGAGAACAAAUCUCUGAUUGCUUCACCCUGUGAAGAUACUCACACCUUAUGCAGCCACAUACCACCAGGACAGAUGAUGAUGAGUGCUCUAAUGUGGACUGAAAACAGUACAGCACUGGCCUGAACCCGUGCCCUGAUGGAACAAACAAUUACUUUCUUGGUAUUUUUCUUCUUUGGUUUCUGUGACAGUGAUGAAUGUGUAACUAGGCCAACACAGUACAAAACAAACGGUCAUCUCCCACCCAGCGUUCAAAUGAGGAAGUCAAAGGCGAAAGAGUGAGUCACUGCACUGUGAAAUGAGUCAAGUGAAAGUCAAACGGCAAAACACACACACACACACACACACACGCGCGCGCACACACACACACACACACACACACACACACACACACACACACACACUCACACACACACACUCACACACACACAGCCCACUUGUGACUGAACUAAACCUCAGUUGACUGGUGCUAUAUGAAAAGGCUGAUGGUUCAUGUAUACAUCGAUGUAAAGAUAGUGUUCUCGGUAAACCAGGGACCACGCUUAGAGCUAUUUGAUUAACAAAAAUGCCAUUACACUAUCACUAAGCCUUUACUGCUUCUCUUGGGGCCUUCCAAUGGAUAAAGACAGCAAUAAUCAUAAUUUAUAUAUUUAUGUUUUCAACAAUAAAUAUAUUUCUGCUUA